AUGAGUCAUCACCACCCAACCAGGAAGCUGUCUCUCUGCUCCCGGGGAGAAAAUUGCACCUCCUUCCUUUCUGGUCACCAUAAUCACAGCAGGACGUCAAAGCUCCUCCACCUGCCUGGCCAGACGCCCACGCACCACACUCACCUGCAGCCUCACCUGUUCCCCACCGUGGACGUCCCUGACCACGCCCACUACAUCAUAGGCUCUGUCAUCCUGUUGGUGGGAGUGACAGGCAUGCUGGGAAACGCUCUGGUCAUCUACGUGUUCUGUCGCAGUAGAACAUUGCGGACACCCAGCAACCUGCUGGUGGUCAACCUUGCAGCUGCGGACUUCCUGAUGUCUCUGACGCAGUCUCCGGUCUUCUUCGUGGCCAGCUUGCAUCACCGCUGGGUGUUCGGGGAGUUUGCCUGUGAGCUGUACGCCUUCUGUGGUGCGCUGUUUGGCAUCACCUCCAUGAUGACGCUGACGGCCAUCGCGGUGGACCGCUGCCUGGUCAUUACGCAGCCACUGGCCCUGCUGGGCACGGUGAGUCGUGGCCGGGUGUUGGGGGUUCUGGCGGGGGUGUGGUUGUACUCUCUGGGCUGGAGUCUGCCGCCGUUCUUUGGGUGGAGCGCCUAUGUCCCUGAAGGCCUGCAGACGUCCUGCAGCUGGGACUAUAUGAGCUUCACUGCUGCUGUGCGUGCCUAUACUAUCCUGCUGUUCACCUUUGUCUUCUUCGUCCCUCUUGGUCUGAUCGCUGGCUGCUACUUCGCCAUCUUCUGGGCGGUGUGUAGGGCAGGUCGGGAGGUGGAGCAGCUGAACUGUGGAGAGACGAACAAGGCGUUCGAGCGUCUGCACAGUGAGUGGCGGUUGGCUAAAGUGGCUUUGGGAGUGAUCUUGCUUUUCAUCGUCUCCUGGUCACCGUACUCUGCGGUCGCUCUAACUGCCACAGCUGGCUAUGCCCACCUCCUGACGCCCUACAUGAACUCGAUUCCUGCCGUCAUUGCCAAGGCCUCCGCCAUCCACAACCCCAUCAUCUACGCUAUCACACACCCAAAGUAUCGCGCCGCCAUCGGCCGCUAUGUCCCGCUGCUGCGCCCUCUGCUGCGGUUGCAGGACAAGGACCUACGUUCGUCUUUCAGCUCCAGCGGCGCUUUGUCUCGUCGAGCCACACUCACCAGUCAGAGCUCGUCAGGGGUCCAGCUCGGUGCCAGCGUCCGGGCCAGCAGCCGCUGGGGGAAGACCCGACUGUCCUCAGCGUCCGACAGCGAGUCCUGCUGGACAGAGAGUGAAGCCGAUGGAUCCAGCGUCGGGUCAACGGCCUUCGCUCUACAGGUGUCCACUGACAUCACUGCCGACACCACGGACAGCAGCGACACUGCCCCCCUCAGCUCUAACACGCCUGAGGGGGGCGCUGCAGCAGAGGGAAGACCUCCACCCCAUCACACACUACGAUGACACGAUUUAAAAACUGCAGAAGAAGAACGUGUCCGCUGUUCUCACUGAUGUCUCCAGACUGAUUGAUUUCUAAUUGAAGACUUUGAUUUGAUGUAGAGGGGGCGGGGUGAUGACAUCACUGUUUUGCUUACUGUUGUCAUGGUUAUGCUGCUUGUGUUCACUGCUCUUUUCAGGCAAACUGUCCCAAAUUAUCCUGAAAUGUUGAGCUUCGGCUGAGAUGCACUUUAGUUUUAUUGAUUUAUUUAUUGAUCAUAGAGGCUGAUUUAGUGAUUGUGAUUAAGCUUCUAUCCUAAUGGAACCCUCACUCUGUUUAAAUGUUGGACAGCGCUGGAGCUU